CUUGAUGAUAUUGUGAUCAAAGAUCCCACGACAAACCAUGAAUAUGCCUUCUCCUGUCGCAGACGACUGGAUCAAGGGGAAGAUGAUGGCAAAAUUGCCAGAGAGCUGUAUGCCAGGGAGGACAGCAUCUUCUCUGGGAGCCAGUGGCGUGUACACACAUCUUGGGAAAUUCUGUUUUACUGGGAAAAACUGAUUGAAGAAGGCUUAACACUGUUGAAAUAAUCAUCCUCUCUUUUCUCUAUCUCCUCAGGGCAGAAGUUAGAACUUCAGAGAAAAGAAGCAUGAGCUGCAGAAAGCUGGAAGUUUAUGAAUGGAAAUACUCAUCAGUUCUACAACAAGCUUACUGGGGGGUUUGUCUGCCUGCGCCCAGAUGGCACAAUUGACCCAGCUGGAGAGAAGACAGACAGAUAUGGUAAAAUCGUCUGCUUUGAGUGCUGUAUCAGUCAUUGUGCCCUUCUUGAGUCAACACUGGUUCCUGGUCAUACAGUCAUUUUUGAUCAUCAUGGCAAACUAGCUGAUAGAUCAUCAACAGACUAUGCAGAUCUUUCAAAAGAAUUUGUGAUUUAUGUCAAGGGUAUAUUCCUCCAUAGUGCUGUGGUUCUGCUUUCUACCAGCCUACACCAGGCCCUGUGUCUCCAGUCUGAUGUGAGCUGCACUGGAGUGGAUCAGUCUGAAAAAUCCUACUGGAAAGUGCAUAAAAUCAGCUCUGGAAUUUGCAUGUUUGAAAGUGUGAAGAAUGCAUGGAUGUAUAUGAGGAUUAAGGAUGACCAAUGUGAUGGAACAGGUACAGGAGAUGUUGAUUGUCUUUGUAAAAUUAGGAAGAACUUAGAAAAUGCAUCCAUAAGUCUGGAAUCUACAAAGAGCCCGGUGUUGUUCCUUGGACUUCAGUCAGACGGAGAAGCAAAGCCAGUUAUUUAUACCAAGGAUGGGAGUGUUUUCUUCUAUCCACAAGUCAUCCAAUUUGGCAGAGAAAACCCAAUGGGAAUGUCUGCAACACUCAACCAAGAGGAGCAAAAGAUAAAUGAGACAAAAAUCCAGACAGAAACACCACCAAAAUCAGAGGUGAGGGAUCCCUUAUCUUCUCCAACCACAAAAGAAAUCAGACAUUCCCAAAGCUGUGAUAAUCUUCUGUGAGAUGAAUGGAAGGUGUUUGUGUUGACAGGAAAUACAGGGACUCAAGCCAACGUCACACUCUGGAUGUAUGGAGAUGAAGGAGCCACUGGACUAAUAAGUCUCAGCAAGGAAAACCCAGAUCAGCUCUUCCUGCCAAGACAGGAAGAUGAGUUUCAGGUUGAAAUAAGAAGCAUUGGAAAGAUAUAUAAGAUCAGGAUGGGCCAUGGUGGAACUAGUGAACAACCUGAAUGGAGCCUAUAGAAGGUAAUCCAUUGUUUCUUUUAAUCCCCGGUGACCAUGCAUCAUAUGAAGAGUAAGAAGACCCUAGAUUUUGCAGCCAAUGCAUGGUUAUCUUGCAUCCGAGCAGAUGGGGAUAUUGUCUGUGAGCUUCCUAUAGUGAAAGAAGGACAAGCUAUUUUUCCAUUAGUAAGAUACCAUGUUUAUGUCCAUACUGGGCAAUUGAAGCAAGCAGAAACGGAGUCUGAAGUUUAUCUGUGUCUCUAUGGAGAGAGAGGAGACUCUGGUCUUAGACUCAUGUACAAAUCUAACAUGCUAAUAAAAUUUCAAAGUGGACAGAUAGAUACAUUUCAAGUGGAAGCAGUGUCACUUGGAAAACUGCAGAAGGUGCUGUUGCACUGUGAGGCCCACAGUAAAUCGCAGUACCAUUACUGUGAGAAGGUCCUUGUCAGAGAGCCUGGAGCCAAAAUGGAGUCCGUCUUCACCUGUGAAAGGUGGUGUUGGUCGCUGUGGGCCUUAAUCAGAGUGUGCUGCACUGUGGCUUUCUAA